AUAACACAUGCAAUGAAGGAUCUACAAAAGCUUUCUCCAGAGAUUGUAACCAUUAAUCAGUCUUUUGAAAUGGAAGGAGCUGAGAUUGAUAAGAUGUUGAUUUUCUUCUACGAGGAUCUCAGAGCUAUUGGUGAUUCUUGGAUUAUGGAUAGUGACUGGAUUUAUCGAUCUAAGUACAAGAACAGUGGAGUUGAGAAGAAUAAGUUAGAUCGUCUUGCGGAGCAUGUUUUAACAGCUCUUGAUGGACUUAUCAAGAUGACAAGAGAAAGGUUCGGUAUGAUGGAUCUUGAAUCUGAUGGAAGAAAGAGUUUUACAGGAAAAGGUGUUCCAUCAGAAGCAAGAAGAAGUUUUACAAGAUCUGUGUCAUACUCUGAAAGUUACAACUCUUGUUACCCAUCUCUAUUAACACCGAGAUCGGUUCUUCCGAUGAUGAUGUCUAAUAGUAACUCAACCGCCACGCCACCGCCACCUCCAUCAUCACCACAGCCGGAAAGAAAAGCUUUGACUCCUCCACCGCCACCACCACCUUCAAAAACACAUGAUUUGUGGAGAUUUUUAUUUUGCUAUAUCCGAAUCAACUUGCUUAAAUCUCUGUUUCACUGGUUUUACAAUAUUUGUCAACUUCAAAACCCAGAAUUUAUAAAUGGCGAUAAUAUUCCGUCGAUGCCGGCACUUCCAGCACCACCAGGUAGCGGAAGAUCCUUGCAUGCCAAGAAAGCAACUAGCAAAUUGAGACGAUCAGCACAAAUUGCUAAUCUCUAUUGGGUUCUCAAAGGAAAGCUUGAAGGUCAUAGCGUACAAGGAAAAACAACAAAAGCAAAUAAAGGGCAGAAGAAUGUUGCAGAGAAAUCUCCUGUUAAAGGUGCAAGAUCAGGAAUGGCUGACGCACUUGCAGAGAUGACAAAAAGAUCGAGUUAUUUCCAGCACAUCGAAGAAGAUGUGCAAAAAUAUGCAAAAGCAAUAGAUGAACUGAAAUCUUCAAUACAGCAUUUCCAAAAAGACAUGAAAGAAUUGCUUGAAUUUCAUAGCAAAGUGGAAUCUGUUCUUGAGAAACUAAUGAAACUCAAGUAUGUUCUCGCGAGGUUUGAAGGUUUCCCUGAGAAGAAACUAGAAGCAAUUAGAACAGCUGGUGACUUGUACAAGAAGUUAGAUCGGAUUCUAGUUGAGCUCAAGAACUGGAAAAUUGAGCCUCCAUUAAACGAUCUUCUCGACAAGAUAGAGCGUUACUUCAACAAAUUUAAAGGAGAAAUCGAAACGGUGGAACGAACAAAAGACGAAGAGGCUAAAAUGUUUCAGAGACACAACAUUAAUAUCGAUUUCGAAGUUUUUGUUCAAGUCAAAGAAACUAUGGUUGAUGUUUCAUCAAACUGCAUGGAGCUAGCACUAAAGUAGAGGAGAGAAGCGAACGAGGAGGUCAAGAGCAGAGAAGAAAGCAAGAUGAAUAAUAUGAAGGAAGAGAGAGGUAAACCGCUAUGGAGGGCUUUUCAAUUUGCUAUCAAGGUUUAUACAUUUGCAGGAGGUCACGAUGAACAAGCAGAUCAUUUAACAAGACAACUUGCACAUGAGAUUCAGACAGAUCCUGAUCAAACAGAUUCAGCCAUCGUGUCCUAA